CUACCUACCUACCUACAUAGGUAGGUAAUCUUCAGGGUGCACUGUUACAAAUCAGCACUUCCAACACGAGGAAUCGAAGCGUCUGGCGUAGAAUAUCUAGUCGCCAUGUCAGAUGAUACUGUUGAUUUCGAUCCAGCAAGAGCGCUGCCUGUUCAGAAGAAAUCCAUUGCAAACAGCGUGCUCUCGGAGCUCGGCCUCAUCGCUCUAUGGAACUCUCCGCGCGACGUCAAGCUACUAUGUGCGCAGCGGUAUGUGCGUGCGGUAGGGUACGGCUUAUCGACACUGAUUCUCGUCGCCUACUUAGAUGCCUUGGGCAACAACAAGACGGAGAUUGGAUUUUUCAUGACACUGACACUUGUGGGGGACACAUGCAUCAGCUUCUUCCUGACCUUGUUCGCCGACGCCCUAGGACGCAAGGCCACGCUCGCUCUUGGGGCUUUACUCAUGGCUGCUAGCGGUGCCGUCUUUGCCUUGUUCGGCACGUACUGGAUCUUGCUUAUUGCGGCCAUAGUGGGUGUCAUUAGCCCUAAUGGUAACGAAAUUGGCCCUUUCCGCGCCAUUGAAGAAAGUAUCAUUGCACACCUCACUGUACCUGACAUUCGAAGCGAUCUAUAUGCCUGGUAUAAUCUAUGUGGAUUGGCCGGCGCCGCUUCAGGUCUUAUGAUAUCCGGUUGGGUCUUACAGCUCCUCACCGAAACUCUCCACUGGGAUCUGAUGAAAUCGUAUCGUACUAUUUUUCUCGUAUACGGUGCUAUAGGCGUAUUCAUGCUCUGUCUGACUCUCAUAUUGUCUCAUUCCAUCGAGUCGGAAAAGCGACAGCAGAAGAAAAUACAGACCCCAAUGCGAAGAGAUGAAACGACGCCUCUAUUGAAUGGCGAACCUGGAGACAGGGAUCAGGCAGUCCCCUCAGAAGCUGAACCAAAAGGGGGGCUCCGAGUACUUCUCCCUAAUAUCAGCAGAGACAGUGCGCCUAUUGUCAUAGUUCUGUGCUUUCUUUAUGGCCUCAAUGCUUUUGGGUCGAGCGUAAUUCCUCUAUCUUGGACCACAUACUACUUCCAAUGGCGAUUCGAUGUGGAAAAGGGCCAAUUGGGCAGCAUAUUCUUUGUGUCACAGAUUCUAGCUGCAAUGUCCAUGAUUGUAGCUUCAUCUAUUUCAAAACGUUUGGGUAAUGUCAAGACGAUGGUCUUAACACACCUUCCUUCUCAAUUUUUCCGGGCUGUAAUCGGGUUGCCUAACAAUAUGCAUGUCGCGCUUUUACUCUAUAUACUACAUGCGUCAACGAAUUAUAUGAGCACCGCGCCACGAUCCGCAUUGAUUGCAACCCUCGUACUCCCCGAAGAGCGGACAGCGGUAAUGGGGACGCUGAACGUGGUUAAGACCGCUGCUUCGAGCCUCGGUCCCACCAUUACUGGCACCCUUGUCGACCACAACUUGUUUUGGGUUUCGUUCUUGUUAUCCGGCUCUUUGAAAGCUCUAUACGAUAUUGGCAUGUUAGUAUUCUUCAGACAGAAGGAGAGAGAGAAGAGUGAAAACGAACAGAGUAGGAUUCGGGAACAGGAGAAUCAAACGGCUUAGCCCCUAUUUCGUUGACGCAUAUGCGAGCCAUCUGAGGAGCACUGAUAAUACUGAUCUAGAGAAUAACCUAGCAGCCACAUGUGAACUUUCCUACUAUGUGCAUUUUCACUUUUUCGCUCCUUCCAUCAUCUUUUCUGCCGAGGUAGCCAGAAACAUAGCGUUAUUGAAUGGUGUUGUGAGACAGUUGGCAAUGCACAGCUAUGGAAUAGUUCUGUUCGAUACUAAUAAAUCAUAGUAGGGCGUCUGCGUGGUGCACAGGCAGUUACUAGAUCAG